AAGUAGUUUAGUUAAUAAUUUUAAAUAAAUAUGAAAAAACCUAGAAUAUAUGCAGUUAUUGCGUAUCUUUUGAUCAUUUUAAUAUAUGUAAUACCAAUACUUGACAAAAUUUUAAACGAGUUGUUUAGUUUAAGACUAAAAGCGAUAUUAUUGUCUUAUUUAUCGAUUACUCCAAAUACUUUAUUCUCUACAACAUGCAGCCCUGCAUAUUCAAUUGAUCAGCUGUGUUUUGCUUUUGCCCGCAUUAAUAAAUUUCCGAAUUUAAUUCUCAUCUCUCAAAAUUUAGCUAAUAACGUUUUUAUUCAAUACAAAGGUGAAAAAAUGAGUACAAACACGAAUAAACAGAAUGGAAAGCGAAAGGGUUUGCCAAAAUUGAAAACAAUUCUGGCAAAUCCAUUCCAGGAGAAAUGUCCUUCACUCAAAGAUGACGAAUUACAAGAAUUAGUCAAUUUACUAAAGGAGGUUAUCAGCAAAAGUGGCCUAGAGCCUCAACCAUUUGUUACAUCAAGGCAUAUUCACUUGGGCUUGGAAAGCAGUCUGCGCGCCAUUAAUAAUUUUAAAUGCUCCUGCGUUCUGAUAUCACGUAGUAUACAACCACGAAUUUUGGUCAGAUUAAUAGCACGGAAUGUUGAAGCAAAAAAUGCAACAGUUCCUGUUUUUGUGCAAAAUCAAUUGGAGAAUGUCACCAAAAAUGUCUUUGGUAUUAAAGCAUUGUGUGUGGUAUUUCCCACAGUUGAUGAAAUGAAAGAAACUAACAUGGAUGAUUCGAUUAUACAGUGGAUUACAGCACACACAAAGCAACUAAAGCCAGAAACUGUAAAAAAACCAAAAAAUAAAAAAAUACAAAGGAAAAUUCCAGCAAUUGAAGAUUGUAAGCAGCCGCCUGUGGUUGAUGUUCAAACACAAGAAAUUAAAAAUAUUACUAAAAGCAAUGACGGCUUUAUUUCAUUUACUGAAGGAAAGGAAGUUGCUAAAGCUGACUCAAUAGAGUAUGAAAAACAUUUGUUUGCAGUUUUAAACAAAGUAGCUGAACGUGUUGGAAAGCACGCAACUACAGAACAAUAUGACGAAAUGAAAGCUGCUGACACUACACAACAAAUGGAGGAAAAACGUGUUGAUACAUUUAGCGAUUCAGAUGAUUUCCUGCCAGAUAUUUAUCAACCACUUACUGUACAUAAAAUACAACCUAAUCCGAAUAGGAAACCUAAAAAGAAAAUACAAAAAAAGAAUAAACAAAAUAAAAACUAAUUUUUUUGCAACAAUUUUUAAGUUAAAUAUUUCGUAUGGUAGCUUUCUCACUCAGCUGUUUAAGUGAGGUUAUGCCGUUUUUUUUGGUUAUGC